AUGAAUACCGAUAAAUACACAGACAAGGCCAACAAGGCAUUGCAAGAUGCUCUUGACCUCACAAUAGAGCACUCGAAUGCAGAGAUAUACCCUGUCCACCUAGCGGUCGCUCUCCUCGACCCGAAUCAAGAUGAGGAGCAAGGUCCCUCUCACCAUCCUUCUCAUGGAGACUCCUCUAGCCCCCUCUUCCGCCAAGUUAUCGAACGUGCCCAUGGAGAUGUCCAACUCCUCCACCGUGCUCUCAUGAGGCAAUUAGUCAAGCUCCCCAGCCAGGAUCCAGCCCCAGAGACACGCAGCAUUUCUGCGCCUUUUCGAAAAGUCCUCUCUGCCGCUACAGAUUUGUCCAAGACACAAAAAGACAGCUACAUUGCGGUAGACCAUCUGAUCCAAGCUGUGGUCCAGGACUCGCAGAUCCAAAAAGCUCUCAAGGAAGCGAAUAUCCCGAACGUGAAGCUGGUCGAUACAGCCAUUCAGCAGAUUCGAGGAACACGACGUGUCGAUUCCAAAACUGCGGAUGCCGAGAGCGAAAAUGAGAACUUGAAGAAAUUCACCAUCGAUAUGACAGCUCUGGCUCGAGAGGGCAAGAUCGAUCCUGUCAUUGGUCGAGAAGAGGAAAUUCGUCGCGUGAUUCGCAUCCUCAGUCGACGAACCAAGAACAAUCCUGUGCUCAUCGGUGAGCCAGGUGUAGGUAAGACUACGAUUGUCGAAGGCUUGGCUCGUCGAAUCGUCAAUGCCGAUAUCCCAGCCAGUCUUUCCCAGUGCAAGCUCCUUUCGCUUGAUGUCGGCUCACUGGUUGCGGGAAGUAAGUUCCGCGGUGAGUUCGAAGAAAGGCUGAAGGGGGUUCUCAAAGAAAUUGAAGAAUCCAAAGACCCGAUUGUUUUGUUCGUUGAUGAAAUCCACCUGCUCAUGGGAGCUGGCUCCAGCGGCGAGGGUGGGAUGGACGCUGCCAACUUGCUCAAGCCCAUGCUUGCGCGCGGACAGCUGCACUGUAUUGGUGCCACGACAUUGGGUGAAUACCGCAAGUACAUUGAGAAGGAUGCUGCCUUUGAACGACGUUUCCAACAGGUGCUUGUUAAGGAACCUACUGUCGCAGAAACAAUCUCCAUUCUUCGUGGUCUAAAGGAGAAGUACGAAGUCCACCACGGUAGUGUUCGCAUUCUCGAUGCUGCCAUCGUCACUGCAGCUACCCUGGCUGCCCGAUAUCUUACAGCUCGUCGGCUCCCCGACUCAGCUGUUGACCUGAUCGAUGAAGCUGCCGCUGCCGUCAGAGUUGCCCGUGAAUCUGAACCGGAAGCACUCGACAGUCUUGAACGCAAAUACCGACAGCUCCAGAUUGAAAUCCACGCUCUGAAGCGUGAGAAGGACGACGCUUCCAAAGCUCGUCUCCAGGCCGCUGAACAGGAAGCAGCUAAUGUUCUUGAGGAGCUGCGUCCCAUGCGCCAGAAAUACGAAAGCGAAAAACAACGCAAUAAGUCUAUACAGGAUGCGAAAGCCAAGUUGGAUAACCUCAAGAACAAACAGGAAGAAGCUGAGCGAUCUGGCGACACCGAAACCGCUGCAGACCUGAAGUAUUAUGCUAUUCCUGAAACUACGGCCCACAUUGAGCACCUGGAGUUGGAACGUGCUAAUGCAGACAAAGAACGUCGGGCUAACCAGGGCGAUGCAGGGGAGCCCCUUCUUGCUGACGAAGUUGGCCCCGACCAGAUCAACGAAAUUGUUGCCCGAUGGACUGGAAUCCCUGUGACGAGACUCAAGACUACGGAGAAGGACAAGCUGUUGCAUAUGGAGAGGCACCUAGGCAAGAUAGUUGUGGGCCAGAAAGAGGCUGUAACCUCAGUCUCGAAUGCCAUUCGACUGCAGCGCUCUGGUCUAAGCAACCCGAACUCACCUCCCAGUUUCCUCUUCUGCGGCCCAUCCGGCACUGGUAAGACACUGCUGACCAAGGCCCUGGCGGAAUUCCUCUUCGACGACCCGAAGUCUAUGAUUCGUUUCGAUAUGUCUGAGUACCAGGAACGACAUUCACUCAGCCGUAUGAUCGGUGCUCCCCCAGGCUACGUCGGACACGACGCAGGUGGCCAGCUGACCGAGGCCCUCCGACGCCGACCAUUCUCUAUCCUCCUGUUUGACGAAGUUGAAAAGGCAGCCAAGGAAGUACUCACUGUCCUGCUUCAGCUCAUGGACGACGGACGCAUCACAGAUGGACAGGGCAGAGUGGUCGACGCUCGGAACUGUAUUGUUGUCCUGACUUCCAACCUGGGGGCCGAGUAUCUUGCUCGCCCCACCGCUAAGGACGGCAAAAUUGAUCCUCAGACCCGCGAAUUGGUGAUGGGUGCCCUGCGCAACUACUUCCUGCCCGAAUUCCUCAACCGGAUCUCGAGCAUUGUCAUCUUUAACCGACUCACAAAGAAAGAAAUUCGCAAGAUCGUCGACCUCCGUCUCGACGAGGUGCAGCGUCGUCUUGAGCAGAACAGUCGCAACGUUACUAUCCAAUGUACCGAAGAAGUCAAAGACUACCUUGGACAAUCGGGCUACUCGCCUGCGUACGGCGCUCGUCCUCUCGCUCGUAUCAUCGAACGCGAGGUCCUCAACAGACUUGCUGUGCUCAUUCUUCGUGGAAGUAUCCUCGACGGCGAGGUUGCUCGCGUGGUCAUGCGAGACGGUCGGAUUGAGGUCUUACCAAACCAUGAGAUUCCUGUUGACGAAGAUGAGGAGAUGACCGACGAGGAUGGCAUCGAUGCUAUGGCAGAGAUGGAGGAUAACAGCGGUGACAUGGAUCUGUACGAGUAA